GCUGACCAGCUUCCUCGCCUGCCAACAGCUUCGAAAGCUUCAAUAAUACUCCUGGACUCAACACCCUUUCGACAGAGGACCGUCUCAACCAAAGGUAUGCUCGAUCGAUACCUUUUCUGCCUGGAGCAAUUGGCACGCGUGGAAGUCGUUAUCGCCAUCGCGCAAGUCUCAAUGCCGCGUUCCGCGUGGACGCAUUUGCCGCGAACCCCCUCAUCCUGGAAUGAUAGUCGGUCGAUUCGUGCUCGUGCUUCGACCCUCUAAUGCCUGCAGUCGCGAUGCAUAGCUGUUUAUGAUUCUGUGCCGAACGUGUCUGACUGACAUUGCUGUAGAACUCCACAUCCACCACAAUGGCCGCCAUAUCUUACCUUAUCGCGGCUCGUAGCGAGUUCGCCAUGGCCCAGCUGGCCAAGCGCGAGAAGAACUGGGCUCAGCGCGAGCCUGGUGUCAUCGUCGUCCUCGUCAUUGUCUUCCUCGUCCUCUGCUUGUUGAUCGGUUUGUUCAUCUCCAAGCGCAUCGCAGGCAACCGCUCAUAAGAUACCCCCGAGUCGUGGAGAGGAGGUGGAUGGGAAGAGUAGAGGCAAGCAAAGGAGAGAGCAUUGGAUACCAAACGUGGAUUGGCAAGAGCCAUGCACCUGUAUAAUGUCUGUGUGUACCAAAUUGGGUUCUGCUAAUGGGGCUUCCUUCGACCACGCAAGAGAUCGUUAGUAGAAGGAGCCGUGGUAAUGAGUUCAGAUACCUUCAAUGAACAUGGUUGAUACAAUACGUUGAUUGUCGCAGUUGCGUCUGUUUCACAUGAUUCCGUUGCGAUAUUCACCGCGCCCUAUCGCAACCUCGUC